UUUGAAUCCAAUUUUCAUAGGGAAAUUGGAAUAAAUCUGCAAGGAAUUGAACUGCAUACAAAUCUGUGUUGCGUCCUUAACCUAAAAGUGCUAGCUGUCAAAUUGCAACUGCACGUCAAAUCCGCAAAAUGCUCCCGAGACGAAUAAAUCGGAGAAAAUAAAACCCCCGAAAAUGUCCCCUUAUAACGAUCACCAUAAACGGCAGUAUUAAUCAAAAGAAAAAGAGAAUAAAUACCAAAGAAAGUAUCUGAGACUGAGCGGCGAAUGAAAAAAAUUGUUUUAGGACAAUUUUCCCGAUGAAAAUGCCAGAAAAUUUGGAAAUCCAACAACUGGUCGAGGACGAAUACGAGGACGAUACGAAAAUUCAUCGACCUAACUCAAAAAAUUGCAAAUGUCCGUAUUUAGGUCUGAUCUUGGCCACGCUAAGUUCUCUGUUUUUCUCUCUGUGCAGCGUGAUCGUGAAAUGGAUGACGGACGUGAAUCCGAUGGCUCUGGCCGCCUACAGGUACCUGGGGGUGCUGCUGCCUGCCAUUCCCAUCGUCAUAUACCGACAGGAGACGGUUUUUCCGAACGGCAAACGCAUAAUGCUGUUGCUGAGAUCGUUCACGGGAACCGCAGCCCUGAUGCUUAGUUUCUAUGCGUUCAGACACAUGCCGUUGGCGGACGCGAGUGUCAUCGUCUUUUCCGUGCCCGUUUUCACCGGCAUCUUCGCCCGCGUCUUCCUGAAAGAGUCCUGCGGCCUGUUCAGCGUGUUUUCCGUCAUUCUGACGUUGAUCGGGGUGGUGUUGAUCACCAGGCCGCCCGUGAUAUUCGGCAACACGAUAAACUCGUUGGGCGACACCGGACAACGGCCGGAGAUUUGGGGCGCAGUGGCCGCGUUCAGCGCCACCUUGUUCGGGGCGAACGCAUACGUGUUGCUGCGUGCCUUGAAAGGCAUCCACUUCUCGGUGAUCAUGACCAAUUUCGGCACGUUCGCCCUGAUCAUGUGCCUGAUCAUCACCUAUUCGAUCGGGGGCCUUUGUCUGCCCGCGUGCGGCCUCGACCGCUAUUUGAUCGUCGCCUUGGCCAUCUUCAGCUUUCUGGGACAGAUCCUGCUGACGGUGGCGCUGAAAAUUGAACAGGCCGGCCCGGUGGCGAUCGCCCGCAGUACCGACAUCGUUUUUGCCUUUUUCUGGCAGGUUUUCUUCUUCGACGAGAUACCGAACAAGUAUUCCAUCGGAGGGGCCAUCUUGGUCAUGUCCUCGGUCGUCCUGACCGGACUCAGGAAGUGGAUUUUGGCUCUGCCUCCGGACGCGCAGCUGAGGAAGAACCUCAGCAUCCUGGCUAAAUAACCGAUCAAAUUGUUUCUAGUCGUUCUUUUAGUUGUUCACUUGUUUGUUUGUUUGUUUGUUUGUUUUCGUUUGUUUUCGUUUGUUUGUUUACCAAAGAAAGAAAUAAUCGUGUCUGUGUAUGUUGCCUUAUGUAAUCGAUAAGUACCAAAGUGAUUGCUUGAAUCGUCGUCGCUUGUAGAUUUUUUAUAAGUGGACCAACACAUAUUGUAAUUUCCUUUCGUUGUUGUGUUGUUGUUGUUGUUGUUGUUAAGUUGUUGAUGAUCAGUAAAAGAAGUAAAAUCAUUAAAGUUACCUAUUCUAAAAGAG